GGAAGCGGAAUGCAGGGGAGGGAUGAGAGCGACUCAUCCAGGAGCCUAAGACUCCAGACCCAGCAGAAUAGAAUAGAUGCCAGCCUGCCCACCGUUUUGUGCCUCUCUCAAGUUGGGCAGGAAAGGGUGAGCGGCGUGCGUGGAAGGAGGAAAAUGUGCUGCAUCUAAAAUGGCAUCAUGCUGUCUCCCUCAAAUAGAAUUUGAAAGCUUCUAAAACUACAGAUCUCUUGGUUUAUCCAUGAUGUUGGAGCUAACAGAAAGGAGUCAUUGUCCCAAUACAGCGGAGUAGACAUAGAGCAUCUUGCCACCUCUUCUUGGAUAGUGACAUCGGCAUUAAGAUAAGCAGGAUCAAGGGAUGGGCUUUAGGCCCAAGGACUCCCUUCCUUGUUGCAUCUCUGGAAUUGGUCGAUGGUCAGUCUUUUGAGAUAUACAUCAUACUCCUUGGGAGUUUUCUUCCUGCGUUGCUGAAAUUACCUGUUGCCCUUAAUUCAUUUUGCUUGGUAAAAAAUCUUCCUCCCCCUUCUCCCCACCCAUACUCUCACACACAAUUUUUGGGAGAUCAUUUCCUGGCUUAUCUGAUUUUUCUGCCUGGGUGUAGAAGACAUAGCCUGCUGAUGUUGAUGUAAACCAUGUCAAGGCCAAUGGGACUCUUAUGGCUGCCUUUGAUCUUUACUCCCGUUUGUGUCAUGUUGAAUUCCAACUUCCUCUUCUGGAUCACUGCUCUGGCGAUAAGGUUUACACUUAUUGAUGGACAAGCACAAUAUCCUGUUGUAACCACGAAUUAUGGCAAAAUCCGUGGUGUAAGAACACCCUUGCCCAAUGAGAUCCUUGGUCCUGUGGAGCAAUACUUGGGAGUCCCUUAUGCCUCUCCUCCAACUGGGGAGAGACGUUUUCAGCCUCCAGAGCCUCCAUCAUCAUGGACCGGUAUACGGAAUGCCACACAGUUUGCUGCUGUCUGCCCCCAAUACCUGGAUGAGCGGUCCCUGCUUAACGACAUGCUGCCUGUUUGGUUUACUGCCAACUUGGAUACUGUGAUGACAUAUGUGCAAGAUCAAAAUGAAGAUUGUUUAUAUCUAAACGUCUAUGUGCCGACUGAAGAUGGAGCCAACACAAAGAAAAGCGCAGAUGAUAUUACCAGUAAUGAUCGUGGGGAAGAUGAAGACAUACACGAUCAAAACAGCAAGAAGCCAGUGAUGGUAUAUAUCCAUGGUGGUUCAUAUAUGGAAGGUACAGGCAAUAUAGUGGACGGCAGCAUAUUAGCAAGCUACGGAAAUGUCAUUGUUGUGACCAUCAACUACAGACUAGGGGUUCUAGGUUUUCUGAGCACUGGAGACCAAGCUGCAAAAGGCAAUUAUGGAUUGCUUGACCAAAUCCAGGCUUUACGAUGGAUCGAAGAAAAUAUUGGAUCAUUUGGAGGAGACCCCAAAAGAGUUACUAUUUUUGGAUCAGGGGCAGGAGCGUCCUGUGUUAGCCUGUUGACACUAUCUCAUUAUUCAGAAGGUCUGUUCCAAAAGGCAAUCAUACAAAGUGGAACAGCCCUGUCCAGCUGGGCAGUGAACUAUCAGCCUGCCAAGUACACUGCAAUUUUGGCAGAAAAAGUGGGUUGCAACACAUUGGACACAACAGACUUAGUUGAAUGCUUUCGGAAUAAGAACUACAAAGAACUCAUUCAGCAAACAAUAACGCCAGCUACAUACCACAUUGCCUUUGGGCCUGUGAUUGAUGGGGAUGUAAUUCCAGACGAUCCUCAGAUUCUGAUGGAGCAGGGAGAAUUCCUCAACUAUGACAUAAUGCUAGGUGUAAACCAAGGGGAAGGUUUAAAAUUUGUGGACGGCAUUGUGGAUAAUGAAGAAGGUGUCUCCCCAAAUGAUUUUGAUUUCUCAGUAUCCAAUUUUGUGGACAAUCUCUAUGGUUAUCCAGAAGGAAAAGACACCCUGCGAGAGACCAUUAAAUUCAUGUACACAGAUUGGGCAGACAAGGAGAAUCCUGAAACUCGAAGGAAGACGCUGGUAGCCCUCUUUACUGAUCAUCAGUGGGUGGCACCAGCUGUUGCCACUGCCGACCUACAUGCCCAGUAUGGCUCCCCAACAUACUUCUAUGCAUUUUAUCACCACUGCCAGAGUGAAAUGAAACCCAGCUGGGCUGAUUCAGCACAUGGUGAUGAAGUUCCGUAUGUGUUUGGCAUUCCCAUGAUUGGCCCUACUGAACUGUUUAACUGCAACUUUUCAAAGAAUGACGUCAUGCUUAGUGCAGUUGUCAUGACUUAUUGGACAAACUUCGCCAAAACCGGGGAUCCCAAUCAGCCUGUUCCUCAGGAUACAAAGUUUAUACAUACGAAACCCAACCGUUUUGAAGAAGUAGCCUGGUCUAAAUAUAAUCCAAAAGACCAACUUUAUCUACACAUUGGCUUGAAGCCCAGAGUUCGGGAUCAUUAUCGAGCAACAAAAGUCGCUUUCUGGCUAGAACUUGUACCCCAUUUACAUAACUUAAAUGAAAUAUUUCAGUACGUCUCCACAACAACCAAGGUGCCACCACCAGAUUUGACAUCAUUUCCUUAUGUCACCAGACGUUCUCCUGGCAAGUUCACCACCAAGCGUCCAUUAAUGACACCAAGCAACAAUCCAAAGCAUUCAAAAGAUACACAGAAGACAUCCCCAGAGGAUACAAGUGUUCUGAUUGAAAACAAGAGAGAUUAUUCCACUGAAUUGAGUGUUACCAUUGCUGUGGGUGCAUCAUUGUUAUUCCUCAACAUUUUAGCAUUUGCAGCUUUAUAUUAUAAGAAGGACAAGCGUCGCCAUGAGACACACAGGCGCCCCAGUCCUCAACGGAAUACAACUAAUGAUAUCGCCCAUAUACAGAAUGAAGAGAUUAUGUCCCUGCAGAUGAAACAGCUGGAGCAUGAUCAUGAAUGUGAAUCCUUACAGGCCCAUGACACACUGAGACUCACUUGCCCACCUGAUUAUACCCUUACUCUUCGAAGAUCUCCAGAUGAUAUCCCACUCAUGACACCCAACACCAUAACCAUGAUUCCAAAUACAUUAACAGGUAUGCAGCCAUUGCAUACUUUCAACACUUUCAGCGGAGGACAAAACAGUACUAAUUUGCCCCAUGGACAUUCUACCACUAGAGUAUAGCUCUGUCAUUUGCCCCACCCCAUGCCACCUUGAAGAUUAAAAAUAAGAGAAAAAAUAAAAGAAAAUUUUAAAAAAAUUAAAAGUUCAUAAUCUCCACCAUGCAAACUUGUCAAAACACAAAGGUGAAAGAAAAAGUCAGACAUCAUUUUAUUACAGCUCCUUCCCAUAGGAACUCUGAUAUUCUAAAAAAAAUUAAAAAGAUCACCUUCUCAAACCCUGUGAAAUGUGAAAUGUGUACAUUGCUAUCAGGAGACCGCUUUAAUAUCUCAACCACUUUAAUUGAAAGUUAAAAGUUGAGGCCUGAAGAAAGUCAUAUAGAAAAGGAUAUGUAUUGAGUAUAACAAACAGAAGCAGAAGCUCUAGAACACAGAGCCAGUGACUGUACAGUUUUUUAAUAAAUAAAAUUUUAAAAAAUGUUCUAUAUGUGCCAUACCGUGGAUGGCCCUUGUUAUACAAAAGACAUCACCAUGGGCUUUUACCCAUCAUAAGAAGCUGUAAUCCAGAAUGGGAAAAUAAGAUUUUAUUAGUAAGACAAAAUAGACUGACUAUGCAGUAAAUCCGUAUAGUUCUGUGCAAAGAGAUGACUUGCCAGCCUGAACUAUAUUUAAGAAACUUUGUAAAAAACAAAAAUUGUACAUAGCCGUGAGUUUAAAAAAAAGAAGCUUUUGUUGAUGUUUUCAGUUGAAAAGAGCUUUUAGAAAGAUUGUGCUUUCAGUUGUGAUCUAUGUGUAUAAACAUUAGUCAUAUCACCUCUGUUUCCUCCUAGGUCAAAAGGAGGACUUUCUUCUUAAUUACUAGUGGUAAACCAAGACAUGAGGUUUUUUCCUAAAGUUUCAUUUCUAGGAGAACAUGGUGUGUCAUAAAGAAAAGACAGGUGACUGUGUGGCCUGCCAGAUUUUUCUUUACAGGUGGCACAUGUGCAUGAUCAGGCAUUCAUAGAUAGGAAACAGUUGGGUUUGUUUACUUGUGGGAAAAAAUAAUCUUUUUUUUCUUUCCAAUUUUUGUGUUAGCCUUCAUUAUAUUGCAACACAGAGAGAAUGGAAGAAUUACAAACAAACAAGAAAGCUUGGUAAAUUGGGGCCUCUUUAUUCAUUUUUGGUGUGCCAUGAAACAUUGCUUCCCAAUUAUUUUGUACCACAAUGCAUUUAAAGAAAGACUGCCUUUCCAGCCAGUCUUCUUUCUGAAGAAAAUAAGUUUCUGCCUAUAUCAGCAGUUUACAGAAGAAAAGAGGAAACAUGCAAGUUGGCCAAGUGAGCCAAGGCAUAAUUAUAUUUGCUGUGGUUUCAAUAAUGUAAAAGGGAAGAAAUCUGGGUGGAUCUAAGGUUUUUAUUUUUAACUAAACCCACUAUUUUGCUGGGCAGUUUUAUUGCACCGUAGAAAAGAUGAUGCCAUGGAGAGAUAGGGGAAAAAUCAUAUCAAACAUACAAUUGGUGAGUUGCCUUGAAAAAAUUGGAUCUUUACACUAUCCAAAAACAUUAUACACAUUUUUGUUUCCUAGUAACCCCUCAACUUUCCUUAAUUCCCCAUUCCAUGAGACUUUGAGAUGAAAUGGAGCUGACCCAACAAGAUAUUUGGCACUUCUGUGUAAAGUUUUGAAAGCAGUCCAGCUGUUAUAAAGGUUGAAUUGAAUUAUUAAUAAGCAAACAAUACUUUGUAUUUUGUUGUUAGAAAAGCUAAAGUUUAAGAUGGUAACCAAAGAUAUUUGAACAGAGUUGCUUGCACCAGAUAAUAUCUUUCCCAGGAUGUAUAUUGUAUUUUUUAUUUCCCUGUAUUAAGAAGGGCACAACAUUGGUGUGUUAUCAUCGCCAGAAAUUAAGAUCUGACAGUGGAUGCCUGAUGCCUUUAGAAUAGACAACUUGUGACAUUCUAACUUAUAGGAUAUCUUCAUAUCUCACUGUUUGUUUAAUAUGCACAGCUUUUUGCUGUCUCUGGCAGAGAAAGCACCAGCAAAAAUUGAAAUUGUGAUUGGUGCUACAUCAGCAAGUGAAAUGAAUAGGUGCUUCCCUUUUGAUUCCAUGUGAGAAUUUGAAUGAGCUAAGAGUUUCAGUUUUUACCCAAAAGUAAAUGGCUAAAAGACAAAAAAGCCUACCUCUAUCUUUUCACUCUAAUAGUAAUUGUAAUGAAAGUUGGAUCUAUUCUGUGCCAUCAUCACAACCAACACAUUGCCUCCACUAAAACACAGCAAUUCUUCAUGAUGGGGGACAGGGGUUAAAAAAUGAAAUGAGAUGCCAUCUAAAUCAGUUGGGUAAGUUUGUUAUGUGAAUUACGGUAUUCGUUUAGCACUUCCAGUUGUCUACUGCUAGCAAUAUGUACAGUACUGUGUCAGGCUUGUGACAUUGGGUAAAAACGUUUCUGUAAGUGAAUGAUCUUAGCUUUUAAAGAAAUCGAUGACGAUGAUGUCACUUUAAUAAUUUAAUACGUCUGGACAGAUGUAUGAUUUAUAAAUGGAAAUUUUUAGGCUCUUCAUAGGAUUCUAUAAUAAUAACAACAAAGUAUACUUUAAAGAAAAGAAAAAAGAACUUUCCCAGACUUUUCUUCUUGACCUUAAGAGGCACGCAGGGUUUCUUUUGUUAUUGUUUCUGCAUUUUAUUUUAUUUUUGGUUUUGCCUUAAGUAAGGACAGAAGAUAUAUAUGGCUGGACACAUAUGUAUAAACUUUUCAGCAGCAUUUUUAAUAAUAAAAUAUCACAGUAUUUUCUAA